AGGAGUUCCACUGGGUCUGCCAACAGAUGUGGAAGGCUAAGUUGCUGCGUCUGGAGCGGAGCUAAAUCAUAACGGCUGAGAAGCACAUGUCUCCCUGACUGCUGCCAGAGCUCUUCCCGAUUUGUUUACAGGCUUCAGGAUAUCCACUCGGUGAAGAUGUAGUCCAUUUGGUUUCCGUGGAGAUGUCUCUAAACAGGGCCUCCUCUUGUCGCUGCCCUCCUGCCCUGUUGCCGUGGCUACUGUGGACUCUGUGGGUUCUACUCCUCCCCACGACCGCCGCCUCGACCACGGGCCCCGGCAACAGCACCCUGCUCUUCAACAGUGCCGCCCACGGCAACAGCCUCCGGAAAUGCAGCUGCUCCACCCAAAUCCAGGACUGUGACGAGGCGUUGGCAAACCUGCUGUGCAGCUGCCGCACCAUGUCGCACUCAGAGCUGACCCCUGGGGGCCUGAGGGAGCAGGGCAGCUUGACCAUGUGGCUCAGAGAGCCCUGGGUCCUCACAGAGCUACUGAAUGGGAGCGUGGUGCCAGACCUGCGCCUGUCCUACUGUGGACCCGGGUCCCUGGCCAUCCCCACCCAGUACCUGGCCCUGUUCGGUCUCCGUAGGCUGAGGGUCCACAUCGCUGCCCAGGGUGCCCCACACCCGGAACAAGUCCUCACAAUCGCCUCUGGGACUGAGGAUAUAGAGGGUAUGGGGUCCCUAGCCUCCACUGACCCCUCGUCUUCUAUCCUUCAUGUAUCCUUCCUGGAUGUAGCACUGCUUAAUGGCUUGUCGUCCCUAAAGGCCUACAGUGUGAGCGCCCCUCCCAUGCCCACCCUCUCCCAGUACUUCCCCUACCUGCCCCUGUACCCCUCCACCACCUUGGACCAGCCCCUGUACCCCUCCACCCCUCUGGACCAGCCCCCAGAUCCCCAACAGGACUGCCUCUUCACCUUCAUCUACUAGACCUGUAGGCUCUGAGCAGAGAGCAGGGCUGGGUCAGUCCCUCAGCUAAAUAGAUCUAUGGGAAUUAGACUGGGCUGGAUGGAUAACACUGAAGUGGUAAGUGCAAGAGCUCCAUUCACCCUGAUGUUACUGAAUGCGCUUGAUGUGCAGAGAGCUAUGCUGCUUUUCAAUUUGUUUCUAUAUGGUCCGUUUCUACGCUGCAGAAAACACUAUUCCAAAAUCCACAAGAAGACUCUGGACAAGACAACCAUCUCUGAGAAGAAGAAGGAGGCAUCUGUUAGUAUCAAUGCAAGAGCGAGGCAGAGAAGAAGAGAUGGAAAGAGACUGAGAACGAGACAGAAAACAAGACAGAGAACGAGACAGAGAACGAGACAAGGACGGCAUCCGUCUGCUACAUUCAUAACAAAUGCUAUCUGACAGUUAGCUUUGCCAGCUGCUCUUUUCUUCAGUUAUUCGGUGCAGAUGGCCUAUUAAAGCAUGUUGUUUUGAAGCAGGUUACCAUGGCUCCCCUUUAAAUGGGUCUUCCUGGUUGGAACCCUAAUGGAUCGUCAGGUCAUGUGACUGUUCUUAGUUGAACUGUACGGUUGUGGACCCCACCUUAAGCUGGACUUGGUUGGGUUUUUAAUUCAAGAUGAAGCUGACGUAGAAGCCUUCUGGACUGGUGUGCUCUGGAGACUGGGUCCGUCCGGCCCAUGCUGGAUUGAUUACAUCACUGUGUUUCUGGUGUUCUAGAAUACAGGGUUGUUCUGGAACGGCCUUGGUCUCACCCCUAUGGUCCACAAUAUGUUCUUCUGCUCAUGUUCUAGAAUGAGCAUGUCUGUACCCUUUUAGUUUUUAAGUAGUACCCUGGCCAGGGAUUAGACCAGGUUAGUAAAGGUUAAUACAUUUUACCCUUGUUUUUUAUUUUUUAUUAAAAGAGGGGGAAGAAGGAACAUGACGAGAGGUGUUAGGAAAUAUUUUCUGAUCUCCACUCAAAAAACAAAUAGCACGUGUUUUAUUUUCAGCUGACAUCCGGAGAGAGACAUAGUCACGUCAUUCAUCUAAAA